CACAGUGUAAAAGUAAAGUAGUAAAGAAAGAGAGCAGUUCUACAUGAAACGCAUCGCAUCCAUCUUAUGUUUCAGCUGUACAUUCAAGACGUUAGAUGACACAGAUGAAGCUUGUUUAAUAAGACCUGAAAGAACAAGUGAUCAAACAGGUUUGCCCUUGUGUUUGCUGAUCAUCUGUCAGGUGAUCGCUGUCAACUACGUCUCAAUAUGGAUCCGCUCCGGUCGUAGUUUAUCUCUCAAAAUGGAAUUAAUAGAGGGAACUUAAAGCUUAAAAAGGUCUUUGCAUGGCAGAAAGACAUGAUUUUCUUUGCCGUUUUGGGUCUGUCCUUCAGAGAAAUUCAACUGUCGUUCUCAGAGGAAUUGGAAUAUAGUAUUUUGGGAAUAUCUUUUGUCCUUUUCCUCAUAGCCCUAUCCCUUUUGAUAUGGCAGAUUUACCGCUACUGCACACGGCUCCCUGUUUCACAAAGACCUGAUGGCCUGUCGGCUCGGAGCGGAGGUUUUCAGUAUGCUACACAAACAAGUGACGCUAAGAUGGAGGUUCAUUAUGAGGAACUCAGCCACCGACUGUCCCCUGGCACCUCUUGCACGAACCUGGGGAGUAGUUUAGAUCUAGCUAACAUGGCAGAUGUGGAAGAGGAGAACAUCCAGGGAUCUCUGCGCUUUUCACUGUUCUACGAUCAGCUGCAGUCCAAACUGGUGGUGACGGUACUGGAUGCCCAGGGUCUAGCCGUGCGAGACUUCAGUCACAGCGUGGACCCGUUUGUUUGGGUGCGGUUGCUGUGGGCAGAGAGAGAGGAUGAGGAGCAGAGUUCAAAGCAGUGUGUUCUGGAAGAAUGGCAGACACGUCUAGUGAAGAAGAGCUGCAGUCCUGUGUUUGGAGAUCAGUUUUCUUGCACUCUGGCUGAGGAGGAAGUACCAAGAGUCACUGUUAGAUUUGAGGUUCGGGAUUUCGAUAAAUACUCAAGACAUGGAAUUCUAGGAGAGGCCCGUGCUCCCCUGAACAGUCUGAAGCUCUCAUAUCCCCUGGAGUUAAGAGAGGAUCUGAAAAUACCCAAGAAAGAUAUGGUUGGUGAGGCACUGCUCUCUCUGAAAUACAUGCCUACAUCUCAGAGGCUGGAGGUGGGAGUGUUGAAGAUCCGCACAGUAUGUCAUCCCAAUAAGACUGAGAGAGCUCUCUAUGCCAAAACCAGUGUUACCUGCAACCACUGCAAACUUCGACAUCAGAGGACAAAACAGAAGAAGCGUUGGGAGGUGACUGUGUUUAAUGAGGUCCUGACCUUUGUGUUGCCAGAUCAACAGAUUAGAGAGUGCAUCAUUAUAGUGUCCGUUUACGAAAUUCAGCCUACAAAGAAGUCUUCCAAACGUUUGAUUGGUAACAUCCACAUCAAAAAAGUCAAAACCUUCGAAAAUGAGCACUGGAAACUGAUGAUGCAAUCACUACGACAGCCAAUCGCUAAGUGGCAUUUAAUCUUCAUCUGAAUACAUCUUAAGUUUAUUGACGCUUCCAUUUCUAGAUGCUUUCGACUUUUGUGUCUGUUCAAGGUUAGAAGAAAAUAAAAUGUUACAUUUGGUUGCUCACUGGGUUUAAAAACAUGUACAACCCUGCUGGAAAAAAGGCUAAAACUAGGUUAAACUGAUUGACUGAUUUUAGCUGGUCAACCAGGCUGGUCUUAGCUUGUCAUCUAUGCUGAAAAACAGCAAAUGUGGUUAGGUAUAUUUUAAAGCUGGGAUGCUGGUUUUUGCUGGUCCUUUGUUGGGUUUUAAGCCAGUCAGACCAUCCUUAGCACCAGCACAGGACCUGCAUAAACCAGCAAAGGACCAUCUUAAACAAGCUCAAACCAGCAUCCCAGCUUCAAAACAUACCUAACUAGAAUAUGCUGGGGGUUUUUUCAACAGAGAUAGCUGAUCAUCAGGCUGCUUUUAGAAAGGGUUUUGGCCAAUUCUUUAGCUGGUCAGGCUGGUAAACCAGCUGGAACAACCUGCUAAAACCAUCUUAACCAACCUAACCAGGCUGGGCGACCAGUUUAGGCUGUUUUUGAGUUUGUUUUUUUUUUUCAGCGGGGAAAGGCAAUAUAGGUUUAUUCGUUUGUUUGUUUGUGUGUGUGUGUGUGUGUGUGUGUGUGUGUGUGUGUGUGUGUGUGUGUGUGUGUGUGUGUGUUUCUUUAACUAUGGUAUGGACACUUCUGGCCCAGUAGGCUUAAAACUUUCACACUCUUAGACUACUAGUAUUUAUUUACAACCUGUAUACAACAGUGAUUAAUUUAUAAAGUUUGUCAUUGUGUACAAACAUCAGCAAAGGAAACUUUAUGCCACUGUGUCAUCUCAAACAAUCUCAAACUGUGUUUAAUGACUGUGCCUUUUACUAUAUUCUAAAAGCAAACGAGCUGUAUUUACAUUAUUUACUUAAAUUAGAGAUGUUUGGUAAUGAUGUACAAUAAAAUAUUUAAUUCAA